CAAUAUUCGAACACUGUUGCAUCGCUAGAUACGAAUGUAAAAGAUGUCCUAUCCUUUAGGCCACAACGACUUCAAUUAAUCAACUUCAUUUUAUUUCAUUUCAUAUUAUGAUUUUUCAUACAAUAAAUAUAUAUAUACCUAUAUAUAAAAGAUUAGGCCGUAUGGUAUGAUACUUAUGCCUUUCCAUUUGGAAAAAUAAAACUACUACUGUAGUAUUGUCAACUGUCAAUUAACCAAAUUAAUUUGUGUCGAAUGAAAUUAAAAUAUGGUGUAUGAGUAAUAAAUUCCAUUAAAAUCCAAAAAAAGGAUUUUUCCAAAUGAAAUGCAACGUUCGAGAAGUCGCUCAGCUGAGCGAUCGACCUUGUGUAAUUGAAGGAAGAUUAAAUUACAAAAAGAUUACAAAUGGAAGCUACAGACAUCAAGCAAUUUUUAAGGAACGAUGGUUUCGGCUAAUUAACAACUAUUUAUUUUAUUUUAAAAUAAGUGAAAUGGGUAAAUUUGACACGAAAAACCCUGCUGGAGUAUUUGUAUUGGAAAACUCGUCAAUACAGAUGGAACAUGGCCAGAGCAUACCAUUCUCAUUCUCAAUUUCAUUUAUAGAUGAACCCGAAAAGAGGCAUGUAUUUGCUGCGCGAGCUGAGGAUAAUGUAGUAAAAUGGGUAAUCAGUUUACGGGAAUGCUCAUAUGAAUAUUUACGUAAUAGACUCCAUACUUUACAAUCCAAAAUAUUCUCAAUCACUGGCAAGGAUCCAUUAUUGUUGGUGCCUAGAAAUGAGGGUGCUUGUUUGUGGGCACCUGCUGUUCCUUUUUCAACAACACCUGCAUGCACAGUGAACACAAGCUCGUUUAGUUGUCAUCUCCACACUAACGGUGCAUUCACUCUUGAACGAAGCAAGUCAGAUGUUCAGGCCUACAAGCAUUGUCGUACGGAGUUCAUACAAAAAGCUACUUUCUAUACCAAUGAAUCAAAACCAAAAAGUGAAAAAGAUGAAGAAUGCACUUUUGCAUUAGGAAGAAGUAAAACCUCAGCUCUUCUUCCUGGGAGUGUAAAUCUAAUGGAUUCUAGUAUAUUUGACAAUCGCCCUUCAUACUCCAGAGCGGCGCCCAGUCCGCCCGUACGUACUAAACUGUCACCAAAUAGUCGACGUGCUGAAUUAAACUAUGAUGUCAAAGUAUUUGCUGAACAUGGAAGGCAUUUGAAUACAACAGGAAUACUUGAUGACAUACCUGUGCCACCAAGGAGAAAAAUAUCACCCAAACAUUUAGUGCCCAAUGACAGUGAUUCUAAUAGAGAACUACAGACAUCAAGUGAAGAUCUUAUUACGUUUUAAAAAAUGUUUUAUUUGCAAUAAGGUAUAUUGGAACCAUUCCGAAAAUCAAAACAGAUUGUAGACCUGCUGUUCCUUGGUACAGUAACAUAAAAAACUAAAUCCUAGAAUUAUAUUUCACUGUUUCGUAUGUAUUGAAGGUAAUCUUAGAUAUUUGAAGAACGUCCGAUGCACAGGAUACACAUAUAUUACUGAGAGAAUGCAGAGCAGUUUUUGCCAACUGUUUUUCCGUUGUAGAAAUACUAACCAAUAAGAUUUCUGAUUACAUUCGACUCUUUUUACAUACCACCUCACAGCACCCAACGUGUGGUGCUAUGAUUCGGGGAUUCGAUACCUUGCUUCAAAAUGGGUAGUAAUACAUGGUUGUUUUACAUUCGGAAAAGGUGCCCAAACACCUAGAACUAAGUAAAAAUCCCACCUUUACAAAAAUGUGUAUAAUAUUUAUAGAGCAAAAUAUUAUAAAUAUAAAUCAAAGAAUAAAAUGAUAGAAUUUAGAUGUGUCGAUCGAAUACCGACUGAAUGACAUCUCUCGAUAAUUAUUGACCUGCAACGUCUCUACGUAAUCGAUGUGCAGACGACAGAAGGAAGAUCUAAUAAGUUGUAUCAAUAUUAUACUUUGAAUUACCUUUUUUUUUCAACUUUAUAGUCGGUUAUUUAGUCAAAAUGCAGUUUUCAUUCCAAAAAAGGUCUGUCAACGGUUCAACGACCGAAUUAUUUAACUUGUCUUGGCAAACGGUUACGAAGGAUGCAGAUUACAGGUGGACCGAUCGACAUGUCUCAUUUAGUAUGACUUGUGUACCAAUGUUGUUGUAUAGAAUAUAAAUUAGAAUAUAGUAAAGAGAAUACUGGUCAAUGGUCACGGUGAUUAUUUUCUCUGUUUGUCCACUUGGGACAAUUACAGGGGAUGUAGCCCAUACAGCCGAGUAUUUUGUAUUAUAAGACCGAAACUCUACCUCGGCCAUAGUUAACGGUCUACUUUUACCUUCAACAUAUUAUAUUAAAUUAAUAAUUAACCAGUGUAAUUAAGAGCGUAAAUAGUAUAUAAAUCAUUGAAUUUAAGACUGCUUUGUGAUAUUAGCAAUUUGAAAGAAGGCGUAAUAUAAAUUAAACAACGAUUAGUUUAUCUAAGCGAUAUGUUGCCUAUGAUGAAAAUAAUAGGUUAAACGAAAUAUUUAAUUACAAUAUCUUUUAAAAAUAUGUAAAUAUUCUAAACAAAGGUUUAGCUUGUAAUACAUCACAGACGCCUUAAUGUUUUUACGAGAUUGGAUCUUGAUAUGGUGCGGCGCUCUUCGUAAACAUACAGGGUGUCUCAGAAAGUAACGAUAACCUGAUAUCGGGGGAAAGGCACUUAUGAUGAGCCAGUACAAAAAAAACAGCGUUUUACACAGUAGUACUUGAGUACCAACUAUUCAUUAAACAAAAAAAUACGCAAAAACCCAAAAUAGUAAGUAGUAAAUAUCAUCGAUAAAUGUACCUACUCUAAAUUUACUGAAAAAUUUUGUAAAAAAAAAACAAUAGAAUACCUAACUGAGCUACAUACGUAGAAGAAUAAACGGGUUCCGGGUAGUGUAUUUUUAGUUUAUUAAUAUAAUUGUUGGUACUUGAGUACUACUGUGUAUAGAACGCUGUUUUUACUUACUAGCUCAUCGUAAGAGUAUCUUUUCCCCGAUGCCAGGUUAUCGUUACCUCCUGGGACACUGUUAUAUAAUGUGAUUUGACCAGGCCUUAAGUGAAUUAAAUCUUUGUUACAAGUAAAUUAAAUAAAAAAAACAUAAUUGAUGAUUAUCAUUAUUACAAAAAUGCGUAUAUUUAUAUGUUAAUCUAAUCAAAAAAUCAAAUGAACAGUGAACGAAAACUAGGCGAUAAAAUUUCGAGAGAACCUACAAAAUUACUUUAAACUUACUACUACAAUUAACUUAAAAAUAUUUUGCAAUCGGGCGAGCAUUGUGAAUAUUAUAUUGUAUAAAGCCAUAAUACUCAUUUUAUUUUUGUUUAUAUUAAAUUAUAUAGCAAUUUAUCCUUUCUUUGAAUGGUUAAAACUUGAAUUUUAUUGCCUUCAAAGAUUCAACUUAGCGUAAGGGAUCACCGUUACUCAUCGCACCUUCGAAAGCGAGUUUUCAAAUCUCGUUUACUUAGACUAUUACAUGUAGCGCACGGAAAAGAUUGACAAGGAGAGUUCAUUCUAGAGCUGGAUAGUUCGUGGUAAAAAUGAUCUGUUGGAAUGCGUGGAAUGCGUAACAAACAGUGGUUGGUUGCAUUCUGCUCGUGUGGCGUGUGUUUUAAUGGUUGAACUUUACGGAGCAGUUUCCACAGAGCAUCGGGUAUAAAACAGCUGAUGCUCGAAACGCUCUGUGAAACCAGAAGUAUUGUACUAUCCGAACAGCUCUUUGUGUGGAUAACUCUUGCCAAAUGUCUGAAAUGUUCACCUCUGCGACAUUGCGACAUGUUGUUUUCGAUUUUUGUGACAUUUUCUUUAUGUUAAAAAUAUCUAGACGAAUGCAUACUUUAAUGCUUAUUGUUAGUAAAUUAGUUAUUAAUUUUGAGAUUAAUCAUCGAAGCAUGACGUUAUUACGUAAUUUUAAUUCGCACCAUUGAUAUAUCUAUAUGAGAUUUAUAUGUUUGUAUUGUUAGCAAAUUAUAUAUUUAAAUGAAAUUAUUCGAACUGUAUAGUCAAAAGUUAAAACUUGAAUUGUCAAAGUUUUACACUUGCAUGUACACAACUGUUAUUAAUUCUCAAAAAAGACAACGAUUACAUUAUAUAUGCUGCACACACUAUUCCUACACAUUCACGACAAAAUAAAUUGUUAAACCGAAAUUGAAAAGCUGUAUCACAAACCAGCGAAAUAUUGAGCAAACCAUUGAUUAAUUUCAUACGGUGGUUCUUACGGCUCGAUUUUUCGAGUCUGUUUCCUAAGCUUUGCAUUCAUAAUGUGGCGGUAAGUUCGUGUCAGCAGGCAGUAAUUACUUCUGUACACAAACUUUGUAAGCUCAUAAACAUCGUGUUCUGCGUUUCUGCUUACGUUUUCAACAUGGAUUGCAUUAAAUUCCCGAAGGAUAAAGCGUCCUGCUACAAAUCUGCCGGUUCAGGAAAACCCACUUAAACAUAAUACUGAGCUUCCAGAUUAUAAUAAGGAGCUAUGCUAUCAUCAAAUAGAAAGAACUUUAAACGGGCCACUUGAGAAUAAUGGAAAGAGUGGAGUCCUAAAAGUAACUUUUGACAUUGUUGAAGUGAACGAUGAAUAAUUCUAAUAUAACCAGUUCCAAUUACUUAAGUUUCAGAUUUGAAGUGCAAAAACUGUUCGUCACUUACUUAGGACUUAUUUUUACACGACUUCAAGACAGCCAAUUUGCAUCCUAACUCUAGAGACUAAGUGAAAAUAAAAACGUCUUCCCUUUGCUGACACGAAUACUAAUAGAACCAUCAUUUUUAAACUAGUGCUCGAUGACUUUUUCUUUUGAAGGAGGUAUCACUGGUGGUACUUGAGCCUUUCCAGCUUUACCAGGACAAGUGGGUGGGAACGAGCUCACCCAGGAGGGACUCGAUUGACUAACCACCGGCAUUCAUAAUUAUUUUCACAUCUAUAGCAUUGGAAAAUGAUUUUCUAAGAAGUUCCAAUAACAAGAUUUUUUAGAUUUUAUACAAACUUCCGUAAUGAUAGAUGACAAAGGCUGCACAACAUAUUUAUUUUAAUGACUAAAGCAAAUGUAUAUCUGUAAAAUGCUUAACAUUUCUUUGAGAAUCGAAUUUGAAUUUUGUUCAAACUAACAGUAAUUAUCAUGAAUGAAUUAAAUCCAACGCUUUUAGUAUGGUCGAAUCGAAGUUAAUGUAGAUACACCUGUUAUUGUCCAAAAACUCAAUAAGUCAUUUCGGAAUGAAUUGUAUUUUUUUAAUUUUUUUAAUAAACUAUCAAAAUGA